CAACGUACAAAUUGUAUACAUUGACAAUGAUAGCUGACAAAUUGGCCCUACCACGACUGCGGCAGAAGUUCACCACACUAUGAUCUAGAGCAUAGCAGGGCAAGCUCGAUAGGGUGUUUUGUUAUUUGCAUAAUACAGUGAUACAUUCGAUAACAAGCCUACACGAAAAAUAGAAAUGGCUGAUGAAAGAAGGGUUUUUGAAUUACCGUUUGAGCUCGACUUGCCCAACCUUGAGGCCAUGAUGGAGGACAUGCCUCAAGCAGCAAACGUGGGAGUGCCGGAUGGUAGAAGAUACUUCGUACUUCCAUUUGAAGCAAGAAUGUUUUUCUUUAGUUUUUUAUUCAAGCUGCAAUUCAUGGAUACUUUUCUUGUUAUUACACAGCUCGAUUCCAGUGAUGAAGAAAUGGAAUCAGAAGAUGGAGGAGAAGAAGACGAGGAACCAACACAUGUGAUGGCGGACUCAACAAGUAUAUGGUCUUCGUUUCCGGUAUCCAAUCCAAACGAUGGACCAUGCGACACUACAAGUGUAUUUUAAGUCGACGACAGUGACGACGGAAGCGAUAGUUAGAGCAUUGGGACUUUUGUUUUGGCCGAUGGCGACCCAAAUCAAAGUCACUGAUACCAUACCACACAUGCUGAUCGUCCUGAGCAAUGUCAAACAUCGCGGAUACCGAAUGAGGAUGAGGAGUUCAUCGUCGCCAAUGAAAUUAGACUUUUCGAAAACGACAUGUUGUUAUCGGACUAAUCAUCCGAACUGUCAUCAGAUAUCGAUGAAAAUCUGGAAGAUUAGUUUGCUAACGAUAUUUAGUAUGAGCUAGUAUAGCUGAAUGUAGUUGUAUUUUUUGUUUGUUAAUUAUAAGUCGUAUAUGUAUUUUGUAGGCUGGAUUUAAGAAAUUG